AUGGCAGAAAGCUCGAUUGCGUCCGCGGUUGCGUUCCCAGAACCUCCACAGUAUCCCAACUCAGACACACCAAAGCGAAGACAGAGCACAUCAAGUGAGAAUGGCAGCAAAAGAAGGCGACUCAGUGCAGACGGGGCCUCCGAAAACGCUGCUGAGGCUGAAGCACCGUCGAACACCUCCAACACACAGCGGGCGAAUAGUUCAGCAGAUGGGAAGGCAGCGAAUCAGCAUAAAUUGGGAAAAGAAGAGGAGCGGAAGCGUGGCCGGAGGCUCUUUGGUGCUUUACUUGGGACCCUUUCUCAAAGCUCUUCCUCGCCGGCGCAAAGAAAGCGCUCUGAGAUCGAUAAAAAGCAACAAGCAAAGCUGAAGUUGCAAGAUAAAGAAUACAAUGAGCUAACCAAAAAGAAAUACGAAGAUAUUAUGGCGGCGAGGAGAAAGGAUCAGAUUCUAUAUGAUGAUCAAUCGCUGGAAAUACGUCAUUCGAAUAUGCUUGCAAUGGCACACUUCCUCCGAACCAAAGCGGAGCCUCCAUUGUAUUAUCGGCCGUGGUACCUUCGGCCUCAAGACGAGGCAAGGAUUCAGGAUCAGAUUGCUGAAGCGAAAACAAACAUAGAGAAGGAAAAAGCGAACAUGAAUCAACGUGUUAGACUACAGCACGAGCCAGUUACUGACAAACGGGAUAAUACUGUUACACAGCCUGAUCUGAACACCGUUGAGGAUAAGGCUACAGAAGAUACCACAAACUCUAUGGAUUCUAAUACUAACAACACACUUGAACAGACCAGUGAGGCUCCGCAGACAACCUUAAACAGCACAACAUCUGUUCCCGCUCCUCCCGCACAGUCCCUGGGCUCAAGUGGAUUUGAUGAAGAACACUCUGGUGAGGUACUAAUGGAGAAUACGGAGGACGCCGUGAUUUACUAG